GAGCUGAUGCUGCUGCUGCUGCGGGAGAAGAAGAGGGCAAACCGGAGGGAGGCCACCGGGCCGGACACACCCGGAACGGACACACAGCGGGGAGAAACACGUUUUUGUGCAUAAAAAGAAAAUAACCAGAAAAUGAGUGUCCUAGAACAAAGAAAGUCCCAUGAGUGAUUGAAGGGAGGAAAAAUAUUCACCUCCUGUCAUUAUUGGUGGAGGUUGGACCUCCUGAUUCUCUAUCCAGUUGAGCCUCUUCAGUGGAGCCUUCCAUGACGCUUUUCGGUGGUCGAGUGCUCACGUACAGACGAUUCCAAGUCGAGCGGUUCCUCAACUUCAGUAGAGGCCAUUGCUGUCCCAACUAGGUGGUGGUCCUGUUGAUCCUGGCUGUGCACUCUGUCUUGCUGCCUCUUGGCCCCGGCCUGUGUUUUUGGUAUACAGGAUGUGAAUGACUUCCCCUGAAGUGGGGGGUGGGUCCUUUAUUUCUGCUGCUCCCAGUGGUGCUUGUGUCCUGGAUGAUAACACUGUACUGUUCAUACCAUGCAUGUGGCUGGGCUCAGUGUGGCCCCUGGGAAGCUGCGUUUGGUCCUGUGGCUUCUGAGCAUCACUUCCCGCGUCCUCUCCUCUCAUGCACAGGUGUAUUCUCAGACUGUGAACACAAACUACGGCAAGCUGCGUGGCACACGCGUGCCUUUGCCAAACGAAAUCCUGGGCCCUGUGGAUCAGUAUCUGGGGGUGCCCUAUGCUGCACCCCCUGUAGGCGAAAAACGUUUCCUGCCCCCUGAACCACCUCCCUCAUGGUCUGGCAUAAGAAAUGCCACCCACUUCUCACCUGUGUGCCCCCAGAACAUACAGAAUGCAGUACCAGAUAUAAUGAUGCCUGUCUGGUUCACCUCAAAUUUGGACACAGUAACUGGUUAUCUGCAGGAGCAGAACGAGGACUGUCUGUACCUCAAUAUAUAUGUACCUACAGAAGAUGUAAAGCGGAUUUCCAAGGAGUGUGUCCGAAAACCCAACAAGAAAAUAUGUAGGAAAGGAGGACCCAGCGCUAAGAAACAGGGGGAAGAGUUAUCGGAUAAUGACGAAGACGAGGAAGGAGAUAUCAGAGACACAGGAGCUAAACCGGUUAUGGUUUAUAUACAUGGAGGCUCCUACAUGGAGGGAAGCGGGAAUAUGAUCGAUGGAAGUGUACUGGCCAGUUAUGGCAAUGUCAUUGUCAUCACUUUAAACUAUCGCGUGGGAGUUCUGGGGUUUCUGAGUACAGGGGAUCAGGCAGCUAAGGGAAAUUAUGGCCUCUUGGACCAAAUCCAGGCGCUGCGCUGGGUGAGCGAAAAUGUCGGGCACUUUGGCGGAGACGCCCACAGGAUCACGGUUUUCGGUUCUGGCAUUGGAGCAUCCUGUGUCAGUCUUCUUACAUUGUCUCACCAUUCUGAAGGACUGUUCCAGAGGGCCAUUAUACAAAGUGGCUCUGCACUAUCCAGCUGGGCAGUCAAUUAUCAGCCAGUGAAAUACACAAGAAUGCUUGCGGAGAAAGUCGGAUGCAAUGUGCUUGAUACAGUGGAUAUGGUGGACUGCCUGCGUCAGAAGAGUGCCAAAGAGCUGGUGGAGCAGGAUAUCCAACCAGCGAGGUAUCACGUAGCAUUUGGUCCGGUCAUCGAUGGAGAUGUAAUUCCAGAUGACCCAGAGAUUCUUAUGGAACAAGGAGAGUUCCUUAACUAUGACAUAAUGUUGGGAGUCAACCAAGGUGAAGGACUUAAGUUUGUUGAGAAUGUGGUUGAUGCCGAAGAUGGCGUUUCUGGGAGUGACUUUGAUUACUCCGUGUCCAAUUUUGUAGAUAAUUUGUAUGGUUACCCAGAAGGUAAAGAUACACUUCGUGAAACCAUAAAGUUUAUGUACACAGACUGGGCUGACCGAGACAACCCAGAAACACGACGGAAGACUCUGGUAGCUUUGUUCACUGACCACCAGUGGGUAGAGCCAUCAGUUGUAACUGCUGACUUACAUGCUCGUUAUGGUUCGCCCACAUAUUUCUAUGCCUUCUACCACCACUGCCAGAGCCUUAUGAAGCCACCGUGGUCUGAUGCUGCCCAUGGAGAUGAGGUUCCCUAUGUUUUUGGAGUUCCUAUGGUGGGCCCAACAGAUCUUUUCCCCUGUAACUUCUCCAAGAAUGAUGUGAUGCUAAGCGCUGUUGUUAUGACCUACUGGACCAACUUUGCUAAGACUGGUGACCCCAAUAAACCUGUGCCACAGGACACCAAGUUCAUCCAUACCAAGGCAAAUCGCUUUGAAGAAGUAGCAUGGUCAAAGUAUAACCCACGGGACCAACUGUACUUACACAUUGGAUUAAAGCCACGUGUGCGUGAUCACUACAGAGCAACCAAGGUAGCAUUCUGGAAACAUCUUGUGCCACAUCUUUAUAAUUUGCAUGACAUGUUUCAUUACACCUCUACCACGACCAAGGUGCCACCGUCUGAUACCACUCAGAACUCCCAUAUCACUCGUAGACCCAAGGUCUGGGAUACCAAGCGUCCAGCUGUCUCACCCACUUUCAAUGGUCCCUCCUCAAAGUGGAACCCUGAACUGGACCCUGUGGAUCCCGUGGUCAUCCAGGAUCCACGAGACUAUUCUACAGAGCUAAGUGUUACUAUUGCUGUAGGAGCCUCCCUCCUAUUUCUCAAUGUCCUGGCAUUUGCUGCAUUGUAUUACCGCAAUGACAAGAGGCGACAGGAUACGCAACGCCAGCCUAGUCCACAGCGUGCCACAGCCACCAGGGACCCAUCCCACAGUCCUGUACCGCCUGAGGAACUAAACUCUCUACAAAUAAAUGCAGGCCAUCCUGAGUGUGAUGGAGGAGGUGUUACUAGCCAUGAUAACCUGCGUAUGGCUGCACUACCCGAUUAUACGCUUACUUUACGUCGUUCCCCUGAUGACAUCCCUCUCAUGACACCUAACACAAUCACCAUGAUUCCCAACUCUCUGGUGGGACUGCAAAGCCUUCACCCUUAUAACACUUUUUCAGCAGGCUUCAAUAGCACUGGCCUCCCCCACUCACACUCCACCACUAGAGUAUAGCGCUUCACCAUGUUGCUCUUUCCCCUUGACCUGAUGCUAGGCCACAUUAAGAUGCCUACAGACAAGGGGGAGAGAGAAUGACACAUUCCAUAUCCCCCAAAGAAGAGGGGGGUCAGGUGCAGGGCUUCUUUCAUGAAGAAAAGUGUCUGCCCAGUCAUGUCCCACCAAGAACACACAUGUUCUGUGCUUGUUUCCUUAAAGUGCUUUUACCCAUGUGGAGGCAUGUAAAGGGGAGAGAAACUUGGCUUUUAAUGGAGGAUUAAUUUGCAAAGAACCAAUUGCAAUCAGAUUUAAAAGAAUAAAAAAAAUCUACGAAGAGGCAGCAGGUGGAAAGGAGACAAGCCCCAUGUAUUGCAAAUUUUCACCCCAACAGUUCCCUCCUUUCACAUGCGUUUGCCCAUCAGACAACCUCAUGUCCUCAGGAUCUUACAACUACCAAUAAUUGAGACAAUGUGCUACAGAGUUGGAAAUUAAACAUUUACUUUAUGCCAUGGUGUGGACGGAUUGAAUGUUCCUUAUGUGCUAGUUAUUACCCCUAAGUCAAUGUGACAGGAUAUGAGUCUAAAUAUCCAGAAAGGAAAGUGUGGGAACUCAGAGGACUUCUUCUGCCAAUCACUUUGUAUCCUCCUUCCUUUUAUACACACACAGAUACUUAGUCCACUUCCCAGUGUUUUAAAUCUGUGCCAAAUUCAUACACCAGCUACAAAGGUCAUGGUAGACCAACUAGUCUGUCAACAACCUCUCCCAGCCAUCAUGUAGAAGUAAAGAGAUGUAUCUCAUAGAAUAGUUUAAUGGGUGGGAGACAGGUUGCGUAAGUUUGUGGGGGACAAUGUUUACCAAUGUUCACGAAUUCCCACCAAACUAUAUAUGUGCCAAAUUUAGAAAUUAGAUGGAAAAGGGUCAAAGGUUUACUAUCAAGUUGUGCUUUCCAAUGAUGGACCUAGAUAAUGAGUGAUGGAGUCAGCUUUGGUUAUCAAUACUAUUAUGAUGCCCCCAUUCCUGAAGAAACAAGAGUGACAUUUGCAGGAGAAAGAGAUCUAACCUGUGGUAGAUAUGAGCACCUCUCAUUAUGUAACUGACAUGGGAUGGGAUACUCUCUAUCGGACCUUAUUGCACCUCCUAUUAUGUGUGUUCGAUAGUGAGUAUUAAUAUACAAUCGAUAACAUGGCAACAGAGACCCUGUAUACUUUAUCUACAAACUUUGUUUACUAUAUACACUAACUCCACCCUACACCUUCCUGGAUAUGUUUGGAUUUGGGUGUGGAGCAAACUUUGUGUAUGUGUAGCUUUUAUGUGUAUGAAUGUGUGUGACAUAUAUAUUUAUAUGUACACAUACACAUACAUACACAUGAAUGCUAACAAACAACUGUUGUACAUAUGAAUACUCACAUAAAUGUCUGCUAUCCAUUCUUCCCCACACACACCUGGGGCCUGAAACACCUUUUCAGCUUUUUUACCAUUUGCCAUGAUUUUUUGGACAUGGGUUUUGUGACACUGAGGGACGCCAUGGGUUCAAGUGACAGUUUUGUGACACAGAGGAACACCUGGGGUCAGUAUUUAUAGAAUGUAUUUAUACUGUAUCACAGGAGAGUAGACAACGUAUUCCAAAUAAAGAAAACUCAUAUUUUUA